CCAUUGGGACCCACAUAGCAGGUUGGAGAGGAGGUUCCCUCCCUGCGACUGCGAGACUGCGACCCUGCCCCCCUUCAACCCGCGUCUCGAGAGAGACGGAGACCGGAGACGCCCACGAGGCCGUCCUCCGCCGCGACGCGCCAUGGAUCGCGCGCAGUUGCUCCUCGUCGGACUCCCGGCCUUCCUCUUCUUCUCCGACCUCACUCACAUCUUCGCGCCGCCGCCUCCCCACCUCCGCCACCCCCAUCACCACCCUCCUCACCACCACCAUCACCCGCAUCCGCCGCACCAUCCCCACCCGCACCCGCCGCAUCAUCCCCACCCGCCUCACCACCACCCGCAACCGCCGCACCACCACCAGCACCCCGACCCUUCUGCGGCAAUCAUACAGGAGCCACGUGUGGAUGGGGCUGGAUUCGGCAGCACGGUGGAGCUGCAAUUCUGUGCCUCCUGCUCGUAUAAGGGAACUGCGGUGACCAUGAUGCGCAUGCUGGAAACCUCAUUUCCUGGCAUUCAUGUUAUCUUGCAUAAUUAUCCUCCUCCAUUCCCCAAGCGUGUACUCAGCAAAGUUGUCCCAAUUGUUCAAGUUGGAGCCAUUGCAACAAUAAUGGCUGGUGACCAUAUUUUCCCAAGGCUUGGAAUGGUUCCUCCUCCAUGGUACUACUCACUUCGCGCCAAUAGAUUCGGAACCAUGGCAACAAUCUGGCUAUUUGGCAACUUUGCUCAGUCCUUUCUACAAAGCUCUGGUGCCUUUGAAGUUUACUGCAAUGGAGAUUUGGUAUUCUCAAAACUUGCUGAGCAGAGGUUCCCUAGCGAGUUCGAGUUGCGGGAGCUUAUUGGCAGCAGACUGCCUGAGUCUCCAUUUGGGAGGAAUCUGGGGAAAACCUUGACUUAGAUGACGACCCCAGAAAUCAAAGCUCAGAAUGCCACAAUUCAAUCUGUUGCUUUUAAGGUAUUAUUAGUAGGUAGUAACUAUUUGGUGUUGAUCUAUCGAGGAUGCACACUUGUCUGUAAACACAACUUUCCAGCUUGUAUAAUGGAUCUACGGAUCACCUGACAUGAGAAGGUGACCAAAGUACUACAAACUGUGUGAUGACAAUGGGACGGUAAGGAUAUUAUGAUGGCCUGGUAGCUUCUGGGAGAUUUGUAAGUAUGUUGCUCACAUCACUA